CGUCAGCUCCCAUCGAUACUUGACGCCCUUUGUCUUCGUCAAAGAACAUCUUCUCUCCUUCUAGUUUCUCGCUUGAGCCAAGGAGCCCUAGAUAAGCUACUCUGUCUGCUCCUCCCUCUUCGAAACUCAAUCUAAAUUGUCACUUCUAGGCCUUCAAAUCUGAAGCGUAGAAUACUCAAUCGGACGUUUCAAAGUUUCUGAUUAGUUUUAAUUGUAAUCAUUCCUUUGAUUGAGGUAGAAGUUUGAAAAUGGUGGUGGUCUUCAUGGAUGAGUGGCAGCAGUUGCUCUUACUAUGAGAAGAUGAUCAAAUGCUGUUAUAAUAAUGCAAUAUGUGAUUGUUGCCACACUGAUCAUGCCUGCGAUUGGGCUCACCAGCUAUUCAAUUGUCUUAAAUCUUGAGGCUUCAACAUGCCAAAGGAGAGAAGAGAUCGAUCUGUCUCUUUUGAUAGAUGCAGGACAUCUCCUUAUCCAUGCAGCUCUAAUCAUGCUCAGAGAUUUUCUGCUAAAACCCCUUCCAAUAUUGAGGAAAAGUUGAAGGAAUGGGAAGAAGCGAGGUGCUCUAUUUGUAUGGAACAUCCUCAUAAUGCAGUUCUUCUUUUAUGUUCUUCCCAUGAGAAGGGGUGCCGCCCCUAUAUGUGUGACACGAGCUACCGUCACUCCAACUGUCUUGAUCAGUUCCGGAAGUCAUUCACUGAUACCUCAUCAGAGACACCACGUCAAGAAGAAAUGCAACCCACGAGCUCGGUCUCAGUUGUUACUUCAGAACUGGCUGUUACUGAUUUGCUAGAAGAAAGAAGUGAGGAAGGUUCCUUGACGCCACAUUCUGUGUCCCGUGAGAAGAAGGCGCCACCAAAGAUAGUGUGCCCACUUUGUCGUGGCCAGAUUAAAGACUGGAUAGUUGUGGAAGAUGCUCGCCAGUUUAUGAAUGCAAAGACGAGAUCUUGUUCCUGUGAGACAUGCAAUUUCAGUGGCACCUACACAGAUCUUAGAAAGCAUGCUAGGCUGGAACAUCCCCUUGUGCGGCCAUCAGAAGCUGACCCAGAACGGGAGAAUAACUGGAGAAGAUUGGAGCGCCAGAGAGACCUUGGGGACUUAGUGAGCACACUUCAAUCUUCCUUUGGAGAAGAGGGGGCUGAUAGUAGUAUUUCGCCAAUUGAAUAUGGGGAUUGGCUUACCGUAUUUUUUCUCAUUAGAGUCUUUAGACCUGGGUCCAGACCAAGUAGAAGUAGCUUCUCUGCGACCACAAGAGCUAGAGCACACCUAAGUAUUCGAAGGAGAUCUACCCGACUCUGGGGGGAGAGCUAUGAUGGGGAAGCUGGUUCUUCUUCCAGAGAUGAUGAUAAUGACUCUUCCGAUGGUGGAUCAGCUCCACUGAGGCGCAGUGCACGCAUAAGGCGGCAAACAACUCCAGACAACCAGCCUUAAUGGCAUAUCCUUGGCUGCAUGCAUCUGUAUGAUUCUUUUUGUUUGGAGGUUUCAUUUCACUGUAAGUAAAGAUGCAGUUUGUCUGUCAGGACCACAAGGAGUGUGGUGUUGCAUUUUAAGGUCUAUUAAAAGCUCUUUUUUACCUUAAAUUAUAUUUCAAUUAAAGAGCAAUAGAACAGUUAAAGGUCUA